UUUAGAUGCCAUCAGAAACCAUGAGUGAUGUAGAACUUACCUCAAUGAUAUCACAUGUGAAAGAUUUACUGCCAGAUUGUGGUGAAGGAUUCAUUCUUCUUUGUUUACAAAACUUGGAUUAUGAUGUCGAGAAAACUAUAAACCUUAUACUUGAAAACAGUCUUCCUGGUGAACUAAGCAUUCUUGACCGUAACUUAAGUAAGAGUGAAGUUAUGAAGCAGUCUAGUGUUUUAUCUUCAAGACAUAAUAUUUAUGAUCAAGACGAAUUUGAUAUAUUCACUAAUGCCAAUGUGGAUCUCACGCGAGUACAAAAAGGAAAGACACGCGUUGCGGAGAGUAUGAAGUCAGUUUUUGAUAAAGAGAGAGAUGUUGAAAGUGUGAAACAAAUAAUUUUGAAUUAUGAUGAAACAUUUAAUGAUUACGAAGAUGAAUAUGAUGAUACCUAUGACGAACAAAAUGUUGGGGCUCAAGAUGUUGACUCAGCUGAUGAACUGAGCGAAAUUACGUUGAGAAGGUAAUUGUUUGUUAUUGAUUCUAGGUGUUGGGAAAGGCCAUUAUCGAUUAGACCUAGUUGACUGUUUCCUCCCUCUCAGACUUCGACAUUCGUCAAUAAUUGCCCACAAAGGAUUGCGUUAACCGGCCGGUAAUCUCUGUUUUAACUUCAAGUUCCAGCGGUUGGACAAUGCGAAGAAUCACUCUUUCAAGUUAUGUUUGUUAUCUUAUGUUCAUUGUUACUUCAAGAGAACAUAAAUAAUAAUGCUGCUUUGUACUGAUCACAAGUGUCAAAUGUACACUACGGCAAUAUAUAGUUGGCUGAUUAAAAUUUCGCCUCUAGUAAGAAACAUUGACACUUUAUCAGGCUUACACAAAUGCCCACUAAAUUACGGUUUUGUAUACCUUUGAUUUGCAAAGGUCAUGUGGUACCAGCAAAAAGUAAGUUGUUAGUUAAAAGUAAGAUAGCGAGAAUACUCGUAUCUAAGUCGUAUACGUGACUGAAAAAAAGAAGUACCCCAGCGCCGCUGCGCAGGCUACUUUGAGACCUAAGUACGAUAUCAUAAAAUAAUAAACAAUAAAAUAGAUUCAUUUCAUGCAAUUUAUUUCCAGGCCAUUCACGACUCCUCGUGCUCUACUUCAUUUAAAAGACAACAAAGAUGAUGACGAUGAAGAUAAGGUCAGUUUGAGGGUCUAUUAGAUUGAAUAAAAUAACAACGUACGAAUAGACCUUUCCGGUAAUUACGUCACGACAAACACCGUUUUCAACUUAGGACCACCUUAAAUGGAAUAGAUUUUAAGUUUGUUUCUCACGGGCUAUGGUCAGAGAAGCAGAACAUCCUUCGUCAACACAUGCAUAAAAAAAAAUUUGGAUUUUGACCAUUAAAUGGCCCCUUAUUGGUCAAAAUCCAAGUUGAAAACAGUGUAGUUGUGACGUAAUUACCGGAAAGGUCUAUUACCGACACCCAGGCUGUUCCAGUUAUUUCGUCUUCCCCCUGAAUAACCCCGUAACGCAGCAGCUUCGUAUAUAUCGACACGUCUCCGACGCACUGUGUUUUACUGUAUCUUUAUAUGCUUGAGAGUAGAUAGUUGGGAAAACUUUGGAGAAGAUCUGUGAAAACCCAAAACUGAAGGUGUAAGGUGUUUACCUGUUCGGGAGGGGACGGGGAGAGGAACAUAAUCAUUUAUUGUUGUAACGUACAAUUAUACCAAAGGAACACUCGAUCCGCUAGCCGUGAUCAGCAUGUAAACACUUGUACCCGCCUAACCGAGUUUUCCUGCUAGCUGGUACGUUUCGCCCAAAAACAUAUAAACAUGACCUUAAAUCUAACCCUAUACAGUGCGUUGAUAUUUUACAAUGACCAGUAUUUAUUCCCAUCUUUUAAAUGCAGGACUCUGGAGAGAGCUCUUCAAAGGGAAGAGAACCUAACGAACCCAAUGACGUAUCUGGUGAGAAACAACAUGGCCGUCGUCAAGGUCACCAAAGACAGAAUAACCAUGGUAACGAUGACGUAGGCAAGCGUCAAGGCCGAAGUGGUAAUACAGAACGUGACCGAUCAUAUAAAGAUAAACAUAAAGCAAAGAUUGCUAAUCAUAAUAGAAAGUCAGCGGCCAGUAAGAAAUAUUCUAAGGGAAUGAUGUAAUAAUGUGGAGACCUUUGAAACUACUUGGUACGGUUGUGUUUUAUAUUAAUUCCUCAAUCAUGUGUAUACAUUAACCAACAAUCAUUGUUUCAGUGAUAGGAGGGGUUAUCCACCCUAAUGCUUGUUCUCUGAGAAACGUGUGGUAAAAUUCAUUGCAUGCUUCUUCAAUA